AUGGUGACAGACAAGACUACUAUCAAGGCUACCUUCAACGGUGACACUCGAAGAAUCUCCAUCAUCCAACGCGAUCUUGUGUUUCAGGAGCUCUGCCAACAACUUGGGAACCUCUUCUCCGUGUCCCCAUUGACACUCAUGUACAUGGAUGAAGAUGAACUGAUGUCUAUUACCAACCAAGAUGAGUUGGAGGAUGCUCAAUCAUAUUUUGCCAAUCAACAGCCACCCAGUAUAUUGAAGUUGGUUGUCAUUACAGACCCUGAGAAUGGGUGCACCAUUGCUCCCCAAAGUAAGGUCACUCUCACUCUCAAACUAGUGAUUGAUAGAAUAGAUAAAGAACGUCCUACCGCCAACGACGCCCUGAUCAGAGAACAACCUGAGGAGUCAGAAGUGGAGGUCGAGGAUAACAUGUCGAGUCUCCACAUAGACGCAGAGAGAAACAUUGACGCCUUUACAAAUAGAAUGAAGGCCCCUCAUUCAUACUAUUGUCCAAUCGUUCAAGGAAGUCUUGGUAAUUGCAUUGACAAGUCGAGCAUUGGUAUCCAUCUCUCUCGAUCUCUGGCAAAGCGAUAUUCAACUGUCGCCAACAUCUUGAUCAACUUCCGUGAUGGUGACGCCCUGCUCCCAUCGGAGUAUCUGAUGCACCCUUAUGUGAUUCUUGGCAUCCGUAUUGCAUCGCACUUCUUGUUUCAGUUGGAUUCGAAUACAUUCACAUCACUUCUCCAAUCCAACGAGGUAGAGCUCUUUAAUAUUGACGCAGUGAUGUCAUUGAUUCAAGAGAGACAAGGACUUUCAUUCAAUAGGAAGUUAAUCAUGAUUGUCCAACUCAACGAGUACAUGGCCGUCCAACAGGAUAUCUUUCGCCCAUUGAUGUCAUGCCUCUUCAACUACAUGGUGGUAAACCACGACAUUGGCAUAUGCAUUGUUCCAUUCCGCACAGAUGCGUCCAGUGAUGAGUAG